AUAGUUGUACAAUUUUUUCUGGUAUUGUUUGAUUUUUAAGCCUUUAUGGUCAACACAUACAGGCUGGAGCAAAAAAAAAAAAAAAGUGUUUCCGUUUUCUGUGUGCUGUUAGCAUCGACAAUCUUAACAAACCUGCAGUAAUUCAAUUUAUUUCAGGUUUCCAUUUUAGUGGAAAACAUUGGGUUAAUUUUUCCAAAGUGUUUUCACUCCAUACUAGCCCAUUUAUAAAUGUCACAAUUUCAUACUAAACAUUUUACAAGAAAGCUAGAAAGUUAGCUCAAAGCCAAACAGUUAGCUUACUAAGUGAACAUUUAUUUUGAGGCUGUUAAUUGAAUGAAAUUAAUUGUUUUAUUAACAAGCUAGUUCAUUAUUUCUACCCAAGAAAUUUCUUAAGAAACUUGAUUCCAUAUUCGUCCCAUUUCCAUGGGACUAUAAAAUGCACCGAAUUAGCAAAGAUCAUCUUUGCAGGGCAAAACUGGAGGGAGGACUAGCCUUCUCAAAUUUCUCACUUUGCUAUUACUCUUGUACGCUUCGCAUCAUCACAAUUUGGCUAGAUCACAAUUUUACACAAUCCGAGUGGAUCACAAUGGAAAAAGAAGACUGCAGCCCUCAUGAAAUUGGUGCUCUUAUUUUGUCACCAACAAGUAUAGAUAAUUUGGCAUACAACAACCGCAUCAUUCACUAUACUAUACGCAUUGGGAAACUGAUAAAAUCCCAGUUUGAUAUUGAAUCUAUAAAAUCCCUCAUUUGUCCCUUCCACUUUAGAUUCAGGUUAUACACAAUGGAAAGAUUUAGGCCUCAGAACUAUUGGUGAGCUGUUGGUGGGUGGUAACUUAGCCUCUUUCAGCUUCAGGCCAAAUUUGGUCUCCAUAAACAUAAUCAUUUUAGAUACCCACAGGUCAGGGCAUAUGCCAAAACACACAUGCACACUUUAGAGAAUAUAAAACCUAGUGAAUUUGAUGAACUUUUUAAACUUGGUGGUGGGGAAGGACAUCUAAUCUCCCAGAUUUAUAAUGUUAUUAUCCAGAUCCUCACCGUCCAUGCAGGACCUCAGAGCAGGAAUUAGGAACGGAGAUGAACGACGAACUCUGGAAGGCUGCGCUAGAGAAUAUUCACAAGUGCUCUGCCAACUCUAGACACUGUCUUAUUCAAUUUAAAAUUAUUCACAGGCUUCAUUUCUAUAAGGUGAAGUUACAUAAAUAUUUUCCCUACCACAUCUCCACUGUGUGACAAAUGCCAUAUUGAAGAAGCCACAUUCUUACUCCUGGUGUACUUAAGUUAACCCCAUUUUGGUCUGGCAUAUUCAAAACUUUAUCAAAUAUAUUUCACACAGAGUUGAGACUGGACCCACUUCUGAUUGUACUCGGAAGUUUCUGUUCAACUUUCACAAUUUAAUAAAUACCAACGACAACUUUUAUCUUCUGCCUUCAUCGUAGGAAAAAAAGCUAGCGCUGAUGUUUUGGAAAAAAUCUGUCAAAUUGUGGCUGAUUUUUGGUAAGGCUCUCUCAUCUGGAAAGAAGACGGUUUUCAUUAACAAAUAACUUCAAGCAACUCAAUAAAACUUGGCAAACCCUUCGACAAUAUAUUGAUAACUAUUUGAAAAGAAUUUGAUUUGACUCUGUGUGAUAAGAUGAAAGUCCUGGGGAUUGGGGAGGUGGGUGGGUUUUGAUAUUGUCCUUGUUUAUUUAUGUUGCCUUUGUUUUCUUUUGACUUUGUAUUGUCUUUCUGUUUUAUGCUCACAUCAAAAAGAGGACGGACUUGUUUGUUCUUAGCUUCAUGAUUGAUUCCUCAAUAAAACAGUUUGACAACAAGCUAGUUAAUUAAACUACCACUUAGCUAACUAAAUAUUUGGUUUGAGGCUACAUAUAUAGUUAGCUAGCUAACUAGUUAUUUAGUUUGGAGCGAGAUAGUUUGUAAACUAAAUAUUUCUCUUGCUAACUAAGUAUAUAGUUUGACAGUUUGACUUUCAGAUUCUUACUUGGAGGUAAAUUAAAUGAUUAUCUCAAUGUUCUCAAGGAAUAUGAACUCCCAUUUGUUUGGUCUACAUUAAAGUGGUUUUUCAACCUUUCCUCAGCACAAUUUAAAUGCUUUGAGUCAAAGUCUAGAUUUGACAUAUUGAGGGCUGUAGGAAACACAAAACAGUCUUAAUUUCAGAUUUUACAUGUGUUAUGAUACAAACAAAGCUGCUUAUUUUUUAGAGUAUUUUAUACCAGCGACAUAUCAGCAUUACUCUUUAAACCAGUCAUACAACUUUCUGUCUUUUUUUUUUUCUUCUUUUUUUCAAAGAAGGGAAAUUACAUGAAACAUAUAAUACUUUUAUUUCAUAACAGCAAAAGAUCCACCGAGAUGGCAUGGUGAAACAAAGAACGUUUGCUGCUACGAAGGUUCACUGAUGUGCAUCAAGAAAACACAGGAUCAAGAUGUGGGUCUUCAUAUUUCUCUGCAUACUGGGUCUAAACAGCCAGGCCUCUGCAACAGUUUCAGAGAACUCAACGCAGAUGUAUUACGCUAAACUGACAAUAGACAGAAGUGCAGUGGAAAGAAUCAUUUCGAUGCUGAACUUUUCCGUGAACGACAAUAAAGUGAACAUCAAGGAGGUUACAAUGACGACAGAAUGUCUGCAAAACGGCAACGGUAAUAAAACAUGCACAUGCAAACCUGGCCACAAAUGGAGUGAUGACGUUCGUCUCCAGGGGGUAGAUUGUAAUGAAAAGAGCUGUACCCUCAGGGAUGACUCUAAUACAUUGUGCACUUUAAACACUACAGUUGGUAUCACAGGGAGAUUCAAACUGGAGGGAACUAACUUCAGCAAUUGUCUGACAGAUAAGUCCUCAGACCCUUAUAAGGAAUGUCAUAAAGAUCUGUUAAAAAAGAUGAAAAGCGAAUACAGUAAAAUAAGAGGAUUUGACAGUCUCACAAUACUGCAAUUCAGUGUCGGGAGCAUUAUUGUUGACUUUGCAAUGAAGAUCGUCUCUGACGUUAAUUCGACAAAACUGUUUGAAAAAUCUACAAACCUGACAAAUACUCUGAUAGGCAGUAUGACUUUGGAGACAAAAGGCAUUGUCAAUUUGGAAAUAUCAAAGGAAUCAGUGCUCUAUGACAACAGCACUGUGGUUAUUUGUAGAACUGAAAAAAAGCUUAAUGCCCAACCAGAAUGGACUCUGAAAAGAGAAGAUGGAGAGUUUCUCAUAACUAAUGGCAGCAUCUCAACAGUAGAAAUUAAACCAAAAGAAAGUACUGUCACGGUUCAAAAGGUUAACGAACUCUGGCAAGGAGAGUACAUAUGUCUUUUUGUUGAAAAAGAAAACCAGAUAACCAUAAACCAUAAAGCCAAUGCUACAUUGGAUGUAUGCCUCAAACCGAAGAUCGAGAUUUCAGCAGAUCCGGCAUUUCCCUUGUGUAAGACAGAUGGGAGUGUUUUUCUUGUGAUAGUGAAAUGUGAGAUAAAGAGUACCAGCGAAAAAUACAAUGUGUCGUGGCAAGAAGGUGCGAUUCGUCGACCCACGAUUGAAGAAAACAACAAACAGAUUUAUUCAGCUCAAAAAUUAGUUGACUGUAAGAAAGGCCAGGGAGAUUCUUCAGCGUCUCCUGACGUAUUUUGUGAAUUUACUAAUCAGUGCCACCAAACCAAAGCUGCAUCCAUGAGGGUCGAAGUCAUCUAUCUUGAAGACAAAUAUUGUCCAGCAGAAGGUGAAUGGGGAAACACCAAGGCCGGCUUUACUGCAGAAAUAAAAUGCGCGGAUAAAGCUGGAACAAGAAAGCGAAAGUGUUCGCCCAGGAAAGAAAGCCGGGUUGGGAUAUGGGGUGACGAGGUUUCAGAAUGUGUUGAACGGGAUCUCGCUAGUGUGCUGGAAAAUGCUGCAAUUAGUGACAUUGGACUUGGUAUACUGGCUACAAAUGCUGCAAUAGUAUUUGAGCGCUUUGCAAAUGUCACAAAGACAUCAAAAUUACCUGGUUAUGCCAACAUAAAUACAUCGGUCGAAGUACUUAGCACCAUGGAUGAGAAGUUACAAAAUUUAAGUUCUAUUACAAAUGAGUCGGCAAUAGAAAAUUUUCUAUUCUCAUCCAGUCAUUUGCUGAAUAAAAGUCUUGAAGACUCGUGGACUAAGUCCCCUGAAAACUCCUCAAUGGCUGAGAGAUUCAUGAUUUCUGUUGAGAGUUUAAUUAAAAGGUCAAAUAUGACAUCGACGAUGAAGGAAAAUCUGCAAGUGUAUGUGUGCAACAGCAGCGAAUGCAAAAUCAAAGUUUUCAAUGUUACAGUUUCUCUUCCGGAUGGAGUGAAUGUGAAAACAGCUGCAUUCAGACAACUGGAUAAAUAUUUGCCCAAUCUUGACAAUAAAUCAGAGAUCAACAGUAUCAUUGUUUCCACAACGGCAGACAACCAUCGUGGCAUUACCCUCGACUUUGACUUGUUCAACCAAAGACCUCGUAAUGUUGAGCUAAAAUGUGUGUUUUGGGACACUAACAAACAUGAGUUUUCAUCAGAGGGAUGUAAGUGGGGGGGUCCCUCAAACGAGGGCCGAUGCAUCUGUGAUCAUCUUUCCUCGUUUGCUUUGCUACUGUCCAAGGAGCCCCUGGAAGUCCCUGGUAUAACUUAUGUAACUUAUGCGGCUCUGUCAGUAUCGGUGUUGUCACUCAUCGUCACUCUUGUGAUAGAACUGAUAGUCUGGAGCGACGUAGUCAAGACGAAUACGUUAUAUUUACGCCACACUGCCCAUGUGAACAUUUGUCUGUGUUUGCUGAUCGGUAACCUCUGCUUUUUGGCAUCUUCUUCCAACCCAGAGAAUAUGUCAGACCUCUGGUGUCGAACCUCUGCGGUGCUGAAGCAUUUCUGCUACCUGGCUAUGUUCUUUUGGACAUUUUGUUUGAGCACCACGCUUCUUCAUCAGGCAGUGUUUUUGUUCCACAAGGUUAGCAAGGCAAACUAUCUGAGGUUCUCGUUGAUUGUAGGCUACGCCGUCCCCUUUAUCAUCGUCUUUGUCACGUUUCUUACCUGCAACGGUGGAGCUGAGGGGGUGUAUUACACGAAGGAGACCUGCUGGCUGGUUUACGGCGGGGUUUUUAAAGGCACUUUUUUUACGUUCAUCAUACCAGUUGGAACAAUUGUUUUCAUUAAUGUGUUCGCAAUGCUUGUGGUCAUCAUGAAGCUCAUAAGCCACCACUCAGAAAUACAACAAAAAACUGACAUUUCUCCGGAAAAGGAGAAAGCAGCAGCCAAAACUGUCGUGAGAUCCAUCAUCCUACUGACCCCGAUUUUUGGUGUGACGUGGAUCUUUGGAUUUGCCAUUCUGAUGUUUGAUCUCACAAGUGGACCUGCAGCAUUCGCAUUCGAAUACAUCUUCACCAUACUCAAUGGAUUCCAGGGCUUCUUCAUUUUGCUGACCACAUGCUUCGGAGACAGAAUGACUCGUGAGGCGCUGCUGAAACACAUUAAGAAGAAGAAAGCUCCAGCAUCUAGUGUCAGUGAAAGCACCUCUAAGACCGAGUCAACUUGGAAGAAAUGAAACCAUUUUCAAUCUACGCGUAAAACUAGUAUCACAUUUAUGUGCCAAUGAAAAUAAAUGUACAGUGUGCAUUCACUUUUUACUGAAGCCGAGAGCGCACGUUUUUUUUUUCUGGGAAAAGAAAACCUUUUUUCCCAAAGGUUUUCUUGAGUCAAUGUUCCAUUUUCUGGAGAUAACAAUAUGUUUUUCCCACUGGUUUUCUCGAGACAGAGUUAAUCUCCUGAUGAUUUUCUUGAGACGAGUUCAUUUCCCGAUGGUUUUCACGGGAUAAAAAGUGAAUCUCGAUAGAGCAAACUCUGCUUGUGCCAUUGUGCAAAUACACGUGGCAUGUAUUUGAAGAAUGGAAUCAGGUUCAGCGCACACCAAUCAUCUCGAGAUCGAGAGACGAUUGGAUCCGAAAUGGUUAUCUCGAGAAAACCACUGGGAGAAAACGUCCACUCUCGACUUCCGUAACUUUUUAACGUGAUUGUUU